GACAUCUCUGUCCAUUGAGCCAAAUAAAAGUGAACGGCAAUAAUGGUGUCCAUCAUUAAUUAAUUCAAUCCCAGCAGGUGAAAUAGUAGUAUCCAAAUCAUAAGCGUACCGUUCAUCGAGCUAAAUCAGCACAAGCUUAAAAUUCACUUCAUAGGAAAAUGCAUGAGUUAGCUAACUAAUUCAGGAUCAGAGAUGGAUAAGUUUGCUGUAUGUUCAGCUGCUCAAAGAAUUGAAUAUUGGCUUAAUAUUGAUCCUGAACCUUUUUCAAAGGUAUCAAAGGAACAAAUAUCAGAUCUUCAAAAUGUGCUGCUAAAGAUUCAAGACUUGCUCGGAGAUAAUGAAGUUUGUAGAAAUACAGAUGAAUCUGCUCAAAUUAAAGAGGCAGCUAACGAUGUUGAAGAUGUGUUUGAUACCUUUGUUUAUAACGCGAGAUCCGUCCAAGACUCUUUCGGGAUAGCAAAGAUUGCUGCCUCCAUGUUCAAUGUUCUGAUCAAUCCAGAUAUUUUCAGCUUCAAGAUACAAUCAAUUCAACAGCGCCUCGAAGAAGCAGUGGUCAAGCUCGAUGGGAAAGUGAAAGGAGUUGAUCUGCGUCAUAUACAUUCAGGUGCCCAUGCUCAUGAAGGAAAAUCAAUGUAUGGAGAUAAUGAAUACAUAGUCGGAUUACAAGGAGAUAUCGAGGAAAUGGUUCAUCACUUGACCAGCGGAGAAAAUGAAGUUGAAGAUCCACCCUACUUAUUCUUUAUAGUUGGAGGCCCAAGUUCAGGCAAAACUACUUUGGCAAGGCAACUUUAUAACAACACUUUAGUAAGGCAGCAUUUCCACAAUUUUAUCUGGUAUGGCCAGUCUAAAGUAAACCUGCAUACACGUAAUUAUUUUCUGCGCCACGUCCUAGUCGAGAUAAUGGGAAGAUACGAUACUAAGAAGGAAGAAACUUGGAUUAACGUCAUUGGCAAGUGUUUGAUAAUUCUGGAUGAAAUCCCAUGCAGUAUGAGAGAAACUCUUGAAGAUUUGUUGCGAACCUUCCCAACAGGACUGAAUGGCACGAAGAUCAUUAUCACGGGUAGCAAUGAAGAGUACGACAUAUUUAAGAAUGAUUUGCGUUGUUAUUUCCAUCAAUUUAAGGGCAAACUCAACGAUGAACAAGGGUGGGAUCUGUUAUGCCAUUUAACAGCUUCCCGCAAACAAAAUAUAAAAAUACCAGAGAACUUAGCAAAGAAUAUGUUGCGCAUAUGUGAAGGGAAGCCCAUAAGUAUUAAGCUUUUGAGUGGUGUAUUAAGCACCAAGCCCAAAGGGAUGGAAUUCAUCUUAGAUAACCAUAUCAAAUUCAAAGAUGUGUACGAGUUAUGUUAUGAGGAUUUGCAUUACCUUUUAAAAGCUUACUUUCUGUAUUUGAGAGUUUUCCCACCAAAACAUGAAAUUUCUGCGGGCAUUUAUCAAAGAAUGUGGAUUGCAGAAGGAUUUGUUAGUAAUUCUUCUGAAAAUGAAGUGAUGCAGUACCUAGAAGAGUUGAGUCGUCGACACUUGAUCCAAGUUACGAAGAGAAACCAUGAAGAUAGAAUUAAGAUUUUUCAGGUAUCGAAUCUGGUUUAUGAAUUUUGUCUUACAAAAGCGCAGGAGGAGAACUUUCUUCAUAUUGAAUCUCGUCAAUUUCUUAAGUCAUCCAUCAACUCUCGAAAAAUUAUCUCUCGUUCCAGGUUGUGCAAGAAAAGCCAAGAAUCAUAUAUCAGAUCACUUUCACUCUUUCACUACCAAGGAACAGAAGAUAAUAGAUUUAGGUUCGGAACUAUUUACAAGGAUUUAAAAUUACUAAGAGUCUUAAGUCUUUGGGGUGUUUUCACUUCUGAUAAUGCCUUGCCUGAUAAGAUAGGAAAGUUGGUACAUCUAAGCUAUCUUGGAAUAAGGAAUACCAACAUUGAUACACUUCCCCAAUCUAUCGAAAACUUGGAAAAGUUAUUGACAUUAGACUGGAGAGGAGUACAUUCUGGCCGAUCUUUGGGGUUUUUGGGAGUCGUAACAACAAUGCCAAAUGUGCUAUGGAAGAUGGAGCAACUUAGACAUCUUUAUAUACCAAAAGGCAUGUCUCUAGGGAACAAAUUCAAAUUGCACACUUUAAAUAACUUGCAUACUUUAUGGGGAGUAAGGGUUAAUGAAUGGUUUGAAGACGACGUACAACUAUGGAACUUCCCUAAUCUUCAUAAGUUGUAUGUAUUCAACAUAUAUUGGAGGCAUCAAUUAGACAUGAUAUUCGAAUGUUUGAAGAAGUCCCCAAAUUUGAAAAAGUUAAAGCUGGAGUGGGAAACCUAUUAUUCCAAAUCAAAUAAGCUUGAAUACUUUGAUCAACUCAGCCAAGAUUUUUACCAGUUAAGUGUGCUAAUAUUGACCGGUCCAAUUGAAGAAAAAGUUUCCCUUCGUUUCCCCCCUACUCUUGUAGAGUUGGAGUUGGAAAACAGCGGUAUUACAGCCCAGGAUCCUGUUCCAAUAAUCGGAAGAUGUUGUCCCAAGCUGAAAGUUCUCAGAUUCAAAAAUAACGCAUACCUCGGGACAGAGAUGAGAUUUUGUGCUGGUAAGUUUCAGUCGUUAGUUGAGCUUGUAAUUGAGGGUAUGUAUGAACUUGAAACAUGGGUGAUUGAAACGGGUGCACUUCCUCGUUUGGAAAAGCUAUUUCUCAAAUAUCGUACUAAGUUAGAAAGAUUGCCAGAAGGGAUUAGAUUCAUUACUACUCUCCGAGAGUUAGUAUUGCAUUUCAUGCCAAGAAGUUUCUGUGAAAAACUUGUUCAUGUGGAACAAGACUACUUAACAAGCGUUGUUGAUAAAAUUAAAGGGGAGGAUUUCUACCUUAUUCAGCAUGUUCCUGACAUAAAAUUCACUCAAAUUUGGGAUAAGCCAAAGGUACGCCGGUUUAUUUUACAAUUUUUUUACUUAAAUACAGAGUAGGAUGUAAAGGGCCGGAGGGGACAGCGAGAAUCUAACCCAGUAUAUUUACCCUAAAAAAGUGGUACAUGCUUUAACUAAUAUCAUAUUCGAUUCUCAAAUGCUGAUGGGAGUAGAACACGAGUCUCUUAUGCAGUUAUGUGGCAUACUCCUUGUUUUAGCAACUUAUCUUGUGAAGUUUUAAAUAAGUCUAGACCCAAGAAAUUUCUUACUUAAUUUUUGCUAAGUGCUUGCAAACCACUGACAUAUAUAAAAACAUAUCAGGGGUUCUAAACAGGUAGGAAUGACUAAAAUGGGACUUUAGAAGAAAGUUGAUGGUUACAGUAUGCAGGAUAUGAUAGUGUUUCCAUCUUAAUUUCCCAAUCCUAAUUUGAUGUUCUCCUUGCCUCAAACAAAAAUGGUAAAUGGUCUCUUUGGCGAAUGAAUGUUCGUUCAAACUGGUGGCCGGUUUGACCAAUUAGAAGUAUUGGUUAAAAGUUAGUUGUUUAAACAAGAGUUGUUCAUGAGUGGGUUGUCCACCAAGCUCCGCAAACUUGGUUGGAAAAAAUGGGUGGCAUUGGAAAACAUUAUUAAAGAUCAAGGUUUUUUUUUUGAAGAAAAAGAUUAAGGUUUAGAUUGUUGAUCAUUUUUUAUUUAAGAUACUUGAAAUCAUUGCUAAUUUUUUAUUAUGGACUGUGACUUUGUACUUUGGAUUAUAUUUCUCGUGUAGAUUGUUUAUUUGAACUUUAAAAAUAUAUUUUUGUUUUUUUCCUAGAAGUAAUUCUAGAUUUAGGAUUUUGACAAAACCUGAUCCGAUCAAAAAUUAGUGAGUCAAAACUUAUAAAGUUCGACUCGUAACCCCCAAAUAACAAAACUCCAAAAAUUUGUAUGGUUAAAAUAUUUAAGUAGACGGACAGCCACUCAAACCAACCUCAAAUCGACUCAACCCAUAUCCCAGAAAUUCCAAUUACUAGAAUCAAAAUCACAAAAGAAAAUCAUCCCAAAAAUUUUCGAAACCACCCAGAAUUGUCAACCCCAAAGCUUCUUGUCCAAACACAAAACUCACAAACAUUAUGUCUCGAAACUACGGUGAAAUAAAAGAACUGGGAGGGAAAUUAUUGGUGGAAAUCAAGUAAUCCAAGGAUGCAAAGGGAAAAAAGAAAGUGGAAAUGUAAAUUACAGUGGUGGUUGUGGACCACAACAAUUCCAUAAUCUUAAAAAUCCCGCAACUCACAAAGGUGGAGAAAUAAGAAGGAAAGAUGAAAGAGGAAGAGGAAAGACAAAAGGUAUAAAAAAAUAGCAGAUACUUGUUGCUACAGAGCGGUGGAGGUAUUCAGUAAAAUCCAUGAAGGAUAGUGAAAAAGUAAGUGUUGACUCUUCGGGUGAAAAAGGAUGGUGAAGGGAGUGGGGGAAAAAGGGUGGAGAAUGAUUGUAAUGAGUUGUUAACACUUUGGGAAAGAGCAAGGCUCUCAAAAAGCUUGUAAUACAUUUUCUCAUUAUGUCAUUACUCAUCCGUUUGCUUACUCUUUACUAUCCUUUUUUUGUACUCUCAAAUAUGUUCAAUUUCGUGACCACCUCAGGUCAUAUCAGUCUGCUGCUCCUGGUGAGUUGUAUGAGUUAUGACCCAAGCCAAGGACCUCCAUAUUAAUAGCCCUCCUUGUAGACAUAGUGGAACAAAGUAGCUUCUCAUAGAAGUCACACAUAGCUUCUUUGAUACCAUUACUGCUACUAACAACUCGCUCGUGGGUGUGAAUAAUUUUUUAAUGUAAUCUUAGCCCUUCACUUCUUAAUGCUCUGAAAAAACACAUUGGUAUUAUCAUCACAAAUACAUCCAAGAUAUCUUUUCCCUUUGUUUUAAUGAAGGAUUAACAAUUCUCCUAAGCCGCUCAAAGAGAUUAAGUAGCCUCUUUCUCUAGGUUAGCAAGUAUAGCAUCAUGAAGAGCAGCAUGAAGUUGGUUUAAAAUUUGAAUAGAGGAAAGGUGUUGAUGAUCCUGAGAAUUAGUAGCCUAGACAACAGGAGGAUAGAGGAUUGAGGUACUGGAUUCGUAUUCUAGGAUGGAGGAAAUGAUAUGAGCAAAAUGGGUUUACAGGAGCAACUAGGUCUCGAUGAAACGGGAUUUUUGUGCAAUGGCAUGAGAUAGAUUAGUGGUACAUGCAGCUGACCCACCAUGAUGGGAUUGAAGCUUUGAUAUUCUUCUUCUUGUUGUCAUUGUUAUUGACGUACACCAUUAAUUUGAAACCAGAAAACUUUCAUAAAAGGAUAUAAUUGGAUUUAAACCAUCAAAACUGCUCAGAGCAAAAUACUUAUACCACAGGCUUACAAUAUGAAAUUUUAUUUCGUUUCAUAUAUAAUGGGUCAGAAUAAUGAAAACUGAGCUUUUGAAGUGUAGUUUGCAGCAUAUAUAAUUCUUUCUGAUAAUGUGAGAGCAAAAAUUGUGAAGAGUUACACAGUCAUAAUGUAUCCUACAUCUAACCUGGGAAAUCUGAACAUUAGCGAUUACUACCUCCGUCCCUUUUAAUUUGCAAUAAAACCUCAACAAUGGUCUCACUCUUUGCACCCUUUCCCUUUUUGGCAAUGGUCUAACUUUCCUUCUUUUAUUUUCUAACUUACAAACUAGGAUCUCUCUCCGUCUUAAUCACUCAAUCACUCAUUUAUAUCAUUGCUUAUUUUUUUGUCUAAUUUUCCGACCCAAUUCCCUUUCCACUAAAUUUUACCCAAAACUUUUUGGUUGCAAUCUGGAGGGAGUACAAUUUAACAGCAGCAAGUAUAAUUGAAGCAAACAGAAGGUAAAUAGUAAAAUACAUGAAUUGUGAACCUCAACAACUCAUUGCUAUGACAAGUUGAUAUCUCUCAAUUCUGAUACUACAUUACAAAUCUAGACUCUAAAGUUAUUUCUCAAUUAUCUAAAUGAUCUGGAUGACAUCCAAAGGAUCAAUAAUUCAGACUGGUUUUUAUACUUUAGUAUCACCAAAAUCUCUUAUUCAGAAACAACAAAUUU